UGCUGCCAAAUCUUCUCUCGCCCGACGUACGCAACAGGGCCAGGGGGGUGCUGCGUCGCCCUCUCUAGCCUUUACGACCUCUAGGGCUCCUUGAGCCGUCUAUUAUCCACCUCCCGUGCCGUCAAUCCGCUCUUCUUCCUCUCCCACCCCCCGAAUCCUCCUCCCCCUUCUCUGCUGCCGGCCAUUUCUACACAGCGCCUACACCUGGCCGCUGCACUCGCUUGCCGUCAUCGCCGCCGUCCAUCCUCGGUCGCCCGUCGUCUUAGCGACCGUCGCAGUGCUUGCUGCCGACCGCGCUUGCCCCCCUGUCGAUAAACAUACCUGGUCGACAAUCCAAGACCCCAACCCGCGCGAUACAUCACCAGUCCUGCGACCAACACCAACCAACAGCCCGUGGCACACCACCACCACCAGCAAUCUCGGCAACCCGUGUGGCCCGCCAGCUGGAGUGAACGCGAGGGAGGACCCAAGACCGGGAGGGAACACGGGGACAUAGGUCUUGCGGGUGUGUUCUUGUGCCUGUGCGUGUGCUUGUGCCUGUGUUUUUGCGCCCGCGCCCGUACACGUGUGCGUCAUACAAGCCACUCGGGCAUAUUCUUGAGCGAUCAUCAGUCGGCGGCGAUAUCCGAUCGGAACAGAGUAACCCGACCCGACCCCGACGACAGACGGGCCGACAGUCUCGCGGCGAGACGCAAUCCCGCCGAACCUGCACGAAUCCCCCGCUGGUGCGAUGGCCUCGGAUCAGGAUGGCUCCGGGCCGCGUGGCGACGAGUAUGGCGAGGAGUGGGCUAAGGACCUGCGCCUGCGAUUUGAGCGACUGCUCCGGAACAAGCGCCUGAACGAGCUCGAUCGAUCUCGGUCCCGCCAGGACUCCCCGGCGUCUAGAGACGGCAGCCCGGCACCCGGUCCCGGCUUCUCUUCCCCCUCGUCGUCGCGUCCGUCAACGUCACAUGCCAACCAGGCCGGUGCAACACCACCUUCAUACUCGUCAUUACGGAAUCUCCCCUUGAUACCAACACCUCCCGCCGCUAGCGAUAAGGAGUCUCAAAAAUUUAGAAAUCUUUUGAUCACUCUGUCGACAACCCCAACAAAGUACGAAAACCCUGGCCUCCUAGACGAGGCGCUACAGGUCAUCCCGCUGGAUCGCAUCUACGGCGAGGCCGAGGAGGAGGCACAAGUGCUUCAGGCCCAGGCCGAGAGCUUGGGAGACGGAUCCUCGCCCGAGUGGGGGUAUCAGGAUUGCGUCAUCCGCGCGCUCUUGAGGUGGUUUAAGCGGUCUUUUUUUACUUGGAUCAACAACCCGCCAUGUCCAAUGUGCAUGUCACCAACCACGGGGCAUGGCAAGACGGCGCCGACUCCCGAAGAGAAUGCGUGUGGUGCCCUACUGGUGGAGCUUUACCGCUGCUCGAAUGCCGAAUGUGGCGCCUAUGAGCGUUUUCCUCGCUACAGCGAUGUCUGGAGGCUACUUCAGACACGGCGUGGCCGGUGCGGCGAGUGGGCAAACUGCUUCAGCAUGCUAUGCCGCGCCGUGGGCAGCCGUGUGCGCUGGGUGUGGAACCAGGAAGACCAUGUCUGGACCGAAAUAUACUCGGAGCAUCAGAAGCGAUGGAUCCACGUCGACGCCUGCGAAGAGGCCUGGGACAAUCCCCGUCUCUACACUGAGGGUUGGGGCAAGAAGAUGUCGUAUUGCGUGGCAUUUUCUAUCGACGGAGCCACCGACGUGACGCGACGCUACGUCCGCAAAAGCGAGUACUCGCUCGAGAGGAACAAGUGCCCGGAGGAGGUGAUGCUCUACAUCAUGCAGGAGAUUAAGAAUAUCCGACGAGCCAACAUGGGCAAGGAGGAACGAUUCCAUCUAGAGAAGGAGGACUCCAGGGAGGACCGAGAGCUGCGUCAGCACGUCGUCAACUCCAUCGCACAGGCCGUGACCCGUCUGGUCCCCAACCCCACCGGGUUUGCCUCUGGCUCGGGCUCCGGCCGUGCCGGCUCCGGGUCCGCGUCCGAAGACACCAAGGUGCCUGCAGAGCAACCUGGUCGUCAGAGCGGCAACGCCGAGUGGGUCGCUUCCCGGGGCGAGGACGGCAGGAGACACCAGCCAUACCAGCCGCCGAGAGAUCCCAGCGACCGACGAGACUUCCCCUGAUGCGCGCUCUCCGCUUGGCGUCUUAACCACCAUAUUAUAUCAUAUAUACCCACCCCCUCUACCUACUCCCAAUGACUCCUCAGCCGCCCAUGUGUGGUCUUGGGCGGCGCCUGAGAGCGAUUUGGCCCUCCUGAGGAGUCAUUCCUAAUAUCGAGAGAGAGGCUAUGCAUCGACCCCGGGCCGGGUCACCCUCGCACCUCUACUAUGACACUCUUGCAUAGACACGGCGUUUAUCUUUCCUUUGUUUAUUGGUCCCGCGAAGGGUCAUCUACAUAUCCACCCAUUUCUUUUUCUCUUCCUUCUUGGUAUAAUUCUUUCCAGGGCCGCUUCCCUCGCGACGGCCCAAGGUGCGGAGCGCAGAAAUGUAUCUACUACCCGGCGAUAUCGCCAAUUCUCAUUUGUUCAUGAUUUUCCUUGAUCGGCAGCUCCGGGACUCGGCCUCUUGGCCCCGGGGCCAGUCGCAGUUAUUGGACGGCGCAGAGGGCUGCGAGGGGGCAAAGAUAAAGGCCAUGUGUUGAGCCAUGAAAGCAACGGCCGCGGUGCCGGCCUUGCCCUCGUGCUCGGGAGUUUUGGGGGACAAGCAACCUGUGAUUUCUGUUGUUUCUCAAAAGAGUUUAUGGAUCAGGCAUGGCUUGUCGGGGCCCGACUAGCGGCGAUAUGAUAUCUGAGGGAUACAUUCCCGGCCUCGUCGUGGCCCAACAGUAGAUUAUAUUCUCCAAUAUAUCAUAUCCAAUUAUCGAGUAUCUUGAUGCCA